AUGUCUGCCUCCAGCUUCUGCUGUUUCUGGCAGAGGUGGGCGAAGGGGCCGCAGCCUGGUACAUUAAACCCCUCGCCUACGGCUGGUCAGGCACUAUUCACUGGUCGGGGGUUUGGGAGUUCUUCUUCUUCUUGCAGUUUUCAAUCCUUAUCUCGGUUGGUUUUGCAGAGCGCGGCCGCUGCCCCCAGCGGAGAGAACAGCGAGCUCCUGUCCCGGGUCGCCAGUCUAGAACAUGAGAACCAGAACCUGCAGAAAGUGGUGAAAGACCUUCAGUCGGCCAUCUCCAAACUGGAAAGCAGGAUCAGUACACUGGAGAAGUCUGCUACCUCACAAGCAUCAUCCCCACUGCCUCCACCUGUCUGCAAGCUUCCGGCCCCUACCCCUGCACCUGCCUGCCCACCUGCUGCAGCCCCACAGCUAAAAGCAGAGGAGGAUGACGACGACGACAUUGACCUGUUCGGUAGCGAUGAAGAGGAAGAUGCAGAGGCCGCCAGGGUCAAAGAGGAGAGAUUGCGUCAGUAUGCAGAGAAGAAAUCCAAGAAGCCUGGACUGAUCGCCAAGUCCUCCAUUUUGUUGGAUGUGAAACCGUGGGAUGACGAGACGGACAUGGCAAAGCUGGAAGAAUGCGUGCGCUCUGUGCAGAUUGACGGGCUGCUGUGGGGCUCCUCCAAGCUGGUGCCCGUGGGCUACGGCAUCAAGAAGCUGCAGAUCCAGUGCGUGGUGGAGGACGACAAGGUUGGCACAGACAUGCUGGAGGAGGAGAUCACCAAAUUCGAGGACUAUGUGCAGAGCGUGGACAUUGCAGCUUUCAACAAGAUCUAGUCCAAACCAGAGUGUGAAUAAAGAGCAGCGUGUAACCGCCA